GUCUGUGUCCAUGUCUGUCGUGAAGCCAGAUAGCCUGAAAAGCGAGCUGCCCGUGCAGCAUUGGCCGCAGUCCUCAUUCAGACGCGAAUCCGUUAACAUCGCGGUCGCCGAAGGGCAGACAACACAACAUCAAUCGGCACGGCGACCAGCACAUGGCCGUCCAUGGAACGCAACACGGAACCAACCGAACCGACCACGCGUACCACGAAAUAUCCUGCAUAUCCUACAACUGAAUGGAAUGGAAUGUUUUUCAACGCCAAUAAAAUGCCAAGUGACGAUGCCAUUUUUAUAGACUUUUUCUAAAUCAAAAGAAACCACUUAACAUAAAUACAAAUAAAAUAGAGACUACCAGCGACGGUCGAGGCGCCACUUAAAGUGCCAGCUAGUUUAUCCAAGACGGCCUGGCCUGGAGAUGGCAGUGAACGGGAGGAUUCGCAAGCGCAAGCAUAAAAGCCAUACAAGUGGCGACACUCCGACUCCGACGACAGCCACUAGCAUAACGGCGGCGGCAUCCACAGCCACAGCCACAGCAGCACCCUCAGCGCCUGGCAGGCCCUGGCCCAUGAUGGAGCAUAGCGAAACAAUCGAGGAAGCCGCCCUCGCUGGGGACUAUAAUAAUUUCACGCAUAAUUUCGUCGAUUUGCAGAACCUCUUGAAUUUCAACGAUUUGCUGAGCACCAGCAAUAGCAGCAGCAUCGGCCCCAGCAUUGGGAAUGGGAAUGCCAGCGACAAUAGAAAUGGCAACUCAGUGGACAGCCACAGCAGCUUCUCGAGCGGAUCAAGUACCAUUAAAUUGAGUAACGGUGCCAUUAUGGACACUCUUUUGGGAACCGUUUUGACCACGGCCACGGCGACUGUUGCGCCCGCCGCCAGCUCCUUGAUAGCCACGAUUGCAGCCACCACGACAACAACCGCAUCAGUGGCGGCCACCUCAUCCACCUAUUAUGCCAACUUGCUGAACAUGUCGCCGGCGACCACCAGCCUGAUCGCGGCAGUAGCGGCCACCAAAUCCUACAACGACAGUUCCAUGCGCUGGGAGCAGUUCGAUGGAAACGUGGACUUUGGCUUCGAUCCGCUCUACCGCCAUUCACUGGCCAUGUCCAUUGUCUAUAUCGUGGCUUAUAUCGUGGUGUUCCUGGUGGGUCUCAUUGGCAAUAGCUUCGUGAUUGCCGUCGUCUUGCGGGCGCCUCGCAUGCGGACGGUGACAAACUACUUCAUUGUGAAUCUGGCCAUUGCGGACAUCCUUGUUAUUGUCUUUUGCCUGCCAGCCACUCUGAUUGGCAACAUCUUUGUGCCCUGGAUGCUCGGCUGGCUGAUGUGCAAGUUUGUGCCCUACAUACAGGGUGUCUCGGUGGCGGCAUCGGUUUACAGUUUAAUUGCCGUGUCCCUCGACAGGUUCAUUGCCAUCUGGUGGCCGCUGAAGCAGAUGACAAAGCGACGUGCGCGCAUCAUGAUAAUCGGCAUAUGGGUAAUCGCACUGGUAACCACCAUACCCUGGCUGCUCUUCUUCGAUCUUGUCCCGGCCGAGGAGGUGUUCUCCGAUGCCCUGGUCUCGGCCUACACACAGCCCCAGUUCCUGUGCCAGGAGGUCUGGCCGCCCGGUACCGAUGGCAAUCUCUAUUUCCUGCUGGCCAACCUGGUCGCCUGCUAUCUGCUGCCCAUGUCGCUGAUAACGCUCUGCUAUGUGCUCAUCUGGAUCAAGGUAUCCACGCGCUCGAUACCGGGCGAGUCCAAAGACGCCCAGAUGGAUCGCAUGCAGCAGAAGAGCAAGGUCAAGGUCAUCAAGAUGCUGGUGGCAGUCGUCAUACUGUUUGUGCUCUCCUGGCUGCCACUCUACGUGAUCUUUGCGCGCAUCAAGUUCGGCUCGGACAUUUCGCAGGAGGAGUUCGAGGUGCUGAAGAAGGUGAUGCCGCUGGCCCAGUGGCUCGGCUCCUCCAACAGCUGCAUCAAUCCCAUUCUCUACUCGGUGAACAAGAAGUACAGGCGAGGAUUUGCGGCCAUCAUCAAGUCGCGCAGCUGCUGCGGUCGCCUCAGAUACUACGAUAACGUUGCCAUUGCCUCCUCCACCACCAGCACACGCAAGUCGUACCACCAGAACAGCUCGAGGAAGAGUCCCAGCAGCAAGGGCAACGCCGUCUCCUAUAUCUACGAGCACAACUCGUUGCGGCGCCACAACAUGAUGCUGAAGCAGGACAGCAAUCUGUCGCAGCAGAUGCUGCUGAAGCAGGACUCGCACGGCUCCCGACAGUUUCUGAUCAAGCAGGAGAGCUCCUGCAGCGACGCCUCUGGCAUCCGGCGCCCGUUGUGCCAGCAGGAUAGCAACGGUUCCAAGAUCUCGCUCUCCAAGCAGGACUCGAUUGUCUCCUACAUGGAAUCGCGUCGCGCUCACGGUCUCGGUCUGAGCGACUCGCUGGCGGACAGAGACAGCGUCUCCAUUGAGUCACGACGCGCUGGCGGAAUUAUGGCGAAUGCCACGCCGGGAUCACUGCUGGACAAGCGACAGAAGUUUGUUAAGCAGGAUUCGGUCAUCUCGUUUGUGGAUCAGCGACCAGAGCCGCGACGCCAUCAGCUGGUUAAGCAGGAUUCGGUCAUUUCGUUUGCCGAUCAGCGUCGUGGUCUACUCCACAAGCAGGAUUCCCUGAAUCGAGCCAGCGACGCACCCACUCAUCAUGUGUCCAUACUGAAGAAGACGGACUCGCAGCUUAGCUACGUUUCAUCUUCGUCAGCAUCCGCCGCUUCUCCGCGCCGCAGUGCGGAUCUGUACGAGUAGGAUAUUACCCACAGUCCCCCUUGCCGUUCCCCCAAACACACACAUCCCACAUAAUAAUAUAUGGACUAGGACUAGCUACAAACCACUUACAGAACGUACUCGAACAUACGUAUACAUAUUAUAUACACGCAUACACGAGUAUAUAUAGAAACUAGACAGACAUUUUUCCACAAAUACUUGUCUCAUUCCUAUGGCAGCUACAUGCAUACAUGCAUAUGUAUUUGGAUAUGAUAUGCUAUGACGAUCCAAUACUGGUAUUUCUGACUUAUUGCUAAAUUGUCCCUUGCUAAAUUACAGCCAGAGAUGCCGCUGAAACGGAGGGACUAGUGUGCACAGAAUGAGACCAACAGACAGGCAAACAGACGGACAUGGACAUGGCUUGGUCGGUGGGUAUCUUCUAUUAUUAUAAUGAUUUUAUGAACUGUGAUAGAAGUUGGCAGUGCUGUUGGUGGACUGGGCUCUGAACUUGGCUGGCAAGUGCCAGACUUAUCCGUCAUGCCAUCGUUGUUGUCAUCGCCGUCGUGUAUACGUAGGAAUAGGCAAGAGGGAAUGGGUAUGGGUAUGGGUAUGGACCAAUUCGAUAGUGGGUGGGUAAUCUAAUCAGAGAUCGCUUAGUUAGGCACAACACCAAAAAACACUCUACAAAAGACAUGCUCCCAAACAGACAGGCCCACACAUAGAAAUAGAUGUUUUAUACGUGUUUCAAUGGUACUAAACACAAGACAAGAUAUAAACUACUCCUUGGCUAUGGCUAUAUAAUAUCUAUAAUAUAUGUACCGUUACGCAGUUUUAAGAUUGUUUGUACUCGCCAUUUGCUAUAUCGAAGAAGAGUUGAGAGACGGAACGGAACGGAUUAGAGAAGACCUACAAUAGGGAUGGGGGUUCAAAUAGCUUUGCUAAACUUUUUGUACGACAGCGAGAGUGAAACGGAACGGGCAAGUAAGUCCAGUAUCAUAUUUGAGAGAAGAUAGAAGUAACAAAACGAAAAACAAAAAAAAAACAAAAGAGAAAACACCGAGGUCUAAAGUAACGUACCUACUAAAUUUUUGUAUGGAAAUUCUUACAAUUUAUACAUAUAUAUUUAUAUUGAUUUUGGUAUAAGCAAUAUGCAUAUGCAAUGCAUGGGUAUGGUAUGUCUAUGCAUACACUGUGUAUCUAUCAAACAACAAUAAUCAAUUUUAUUAGAAUUUUACACAAAACCAAACCAAACCAAACCGAGUCACAGCAGCAAACGGAAAUGGUGGUGGCACAGUGGCAAAUGGUUAGUAAACGCAAUACAACGGAAGGAACGGAACGGAGAAACGAUGAAGGAUAAGAAGUAUGGCAACGGAAGCAGUAGGUAGGCCGUUAGCUUAGAUAUCGUUGGGCAGUGGUAGUGGAUACAGUACAGC